AUGGAAUUGGAGAAGAACAAUAGCGCACUGGCUUCACAGAAGUCAUAUUCUCGAACCACACCUACAAGGAGCUACAGGAGUGCCCCCAAAUUUUCCACAUCACUCCUUUCCCGUUUAACUAUUCUUAUAUUUGCCUUAUCAUGUGCUGUUUUUGUAAAUACUGCUUCAGGAGCGACACCUAAUAGACCAAAUAAGAAUGGCUUCGUAUCACCUGCCUUAAUAGGAUUUGGAGAAUUAAACAUCGAGGAAUCAGAAGAAUUCAAAAGAAUGGCUUGGAAUAAUUGGAUGCUGCGCUUAGAGUCCGAUUGGAAACAUUUUCACGAAUCUGUUGAAGAAGACAAAACAAAAUGGCUUCAAGGAAUGGACUCGGCUUGGUCUGAUUGGCUUCGAUCUUUGCAAAAUAAAUGGUCUAACUAUAGUGAAGAAAUGCUUAAAGAGUACAAUAGUAAUGUUAUGGAAGUAUCAGCCAAAUGGAAUGACGGGCAAUGGGUAACUUGGAUAAAAACUGAUGGAAGAAGUAUUCUAGAAGCUCAAUGGGAAAAAUGGAUUGAAAAAGCGGAUUAUCAAUUACAGAAAUUAAUUUUAGAUAAAUGGAUUAAAUGGAAAAAUGAUAAAAUCCGAUCCUGGUUAUCCAGUGAAUGGAAAACCGAAGAAGAUUACUACUGGUCAAAUAUAGAGCGAUCUACAACAGCAAAAUGGUUACGGGAAGCAGAGAGAAUCCAUUGGAUUAGAUGGAAAGAAAGAAUUAGUAGAGAGUCUGAACAAUGGUUGAACUGGGUCCAAAUGAAAGAAGGCGUUUACAUCAAUGUAGAAUGGAAAAAAUGGCUCCAAUGGAAAAAUGAUAGAAAAAUUCUAUUUAACAAAUGGUCAACUAACCUUGUCUACAAAUGGACACUAAAAAGGCAGUGGACCGUUUGGAUUAAGGAAGCUAAUAAUAAAAAUAAAGUUUAG